AUGAAGUGGACUGCUGCUGCUCUUGGCCUCGCUGCCACCGUCGCCGCUAUUCCCCAGGGCGCUCCCUCCGGCCUCAAGCCCGAGGGCUCUGCUCCCCAGGGCUGCACCGGCACCUACAACGGCAAGUUCGAGGUCAGCAUCUUCAAGCUCGGCAACUCCAAGCGCUCCAUCGAGAAGCGUUCUUGCUCUGGCGACAAGUCGCUCGUCCUUGACCUCAAGGAUGGUGUCCUGACCGACAGCAAGGGCCGCAUUGGCUCUAUUGUCUCCAACUACCAGCUCCAGUUCGACGGCCCUCCCGCCCAGGCUGGUGCCAUCUACACUGCUGGUUUCUCCACUUGCCAGAACGGCUCCCUGGCCAUCGGUCCCUCCACCGUCUUCUACCAGUGCCGCUCUGGUGACUUCUACAACCUGUACGACCGCUCUUGGGCCGAGCAGUGCGAGCCCGUCGAGAUUGUCGCCAUGCCCUGCAGCGGCGAGAAGGACAACGGUGGCAGCCCCAUGCAGUCCCCCGUCGCCACCAGCAUGGCUGUGACCACCAUCGUCGCCGCUCUCCCCGACGGCCAGCCCCAGGUCAAGACCACCACUGUCCCCGUCCCCAUGUGCCAGAUUGGCGAUGGCCAGGUUCAGGCUCACAGCACCCCUUGCGACCAGGCCCCCGGCGCCCCCGUCACCCAGAUCUCCGACGGCCAGAUCCAGGCUCCUACCAACCUGCCUCCCGUGUCCCAGAUCUCUGAUGGCCAGGUCCAGGUCCCCACUGGUGCCCCCGUCUCUCAGAUCUCCGACGGUCAGGUCCAGGCUCCCUCUGCCACCGGCGGUGCCCCCGUCUCCCAGAUCUCCGACGGCCAGGUCCAGGCUCCCUCUGCCACCGGUGCUCCCGUCACCCAGAUCUCUGAUGGCCAGGUCCAGGCUCCCUCUGCCACUGGCGGCCCCAAGGUCACUCAGAUCUCCGACGGCCAGGUCCAGGCUCCCUCUGCCACCAACACCGUCCCCGUCGCCGCUGCCGGCAAGGCCGUCCCCGGCCUCGCUGUUGCUGGUAUCGCUGCCGCUCUCUUCCUGUAA